AUGAAGCUGUGGUAUCUCAUCGUUGGCACUCGUACAGGUGUCAUGUCGGUGAAUAGGAAACCAAGUGACGACGUAUCCGAUCUGCUUGGGGCGAUCAAGGCAUCAAACUCCUCCAUGUUUGCUGGGGUUGAUGAUCUCAUGAUCAAACUUUACGCUGCCAAGCAGAACAACGGGAGAUGGCUCGACGCUGAUGGUCCUCAGGUGGUUGCGCUAAUGGCAGGAGACAAGGCGACAGUUGAUAUUAUUUGCCAGACGUCUCUGAACCAGCAAGACCUACUAGAACAGCAUUUCCGCUCUUUGGAAACUCGAAAAAUCCAACUUCUCGUUCGAGUGGUUGAUGCUGGAAAGCCCUUGCGCCAGUUGAUUACAGCGAACAACAGGCCGCGCUUCGUCAUGCUCUGGUGUUUGAUCGUUGGUGAUACUGACCGGGACUGCUUCGCUGUUGUCGUAAAGGCAUCGGAUUGUAUUCACGACCUGCAAAAAGCGAUCAAGAAAGAGCUGUUCGACAGUAAUCCGUUGAUUCGAGCAAUCGCACUUCAGCUUUAUGAAGCGAGAAUUGAAAACGGCGCGUGGUUGGCACGCUCUGCGCCAGAAGUACGCAAACUACAGGAUGGAGACAGUUUGACAAUUCAGCUCUUGCUGCAGCAGCAAGAGCUGGACCCGGCAUCACUGAUUGAUGAAACUUUUCGCACAUCGAAAGACGGGAGACUAAAUGUCUUGGUUGUUCUGCCACAAACUUUUGUUGUGGCAGAAGACAAAGAGCACUGGCAUCAUACCCAACAUUAUCGCGCUGUCGCUGAAAUACUGAAAAACACAAAGAAAGUGGAUGAAGUCGUGCAGCAAGUCGAGCAAAUUAGUCGCACUGGAGCCCGUAAUCCCUACAAAGCACCUUUCAUUGCAUUGGUGAACUCUUCCGGCUCCGGGAAAACCCAAAUGGCUUUCAAUUUGAUGACUCGUGAAGAGACUAAGCUCUUUUACAUAUCCUGUGGAGAAGAUGUCGAGCUAGGAUAUUCCAGACGAGCUAGUGCGUUCCUGCGAUGUGUUGCAGCCGAUUUACCAAGUUUGGAAAAUGCUGGAAUGUUUAGUAUUUCAAAGGUGCAGGAGUCGUACACGUUCGGCUUCAUUGAAGCAUUGUUGAGUGGCAAAGCUACAUUUGCGCAACUUUGUACUCGUCGAAAAGUUAUGAAUGCAGUGAAAAAGUUAGAAGAAGGAGACAAACGUUGCGUGUUUUUCCUGGAUAAUUUCCCAGACAGUACGAGAUGCAAGCAUUGUGAACACUCAGAGCGUGAUCUUCGGCUGAUGGUAAAUGUCUUCCGGUCGUUGGGGUUGGCAGUUAUUGUAAGCUCUAGGAGCUGUGUAUGCUCGGAAAUCGUGAGAUCGGACCAACGUUAUGUGAAGCAACAAGAGUAUGAUGUACCCAGCUGUAUCGUGAUGCCGUCACUCCCAUGCUUCCGCAACAUUUCUUCGACUCCUAUGCAGCGAGACAUACAGGCAAUAAUCAAACACAGUCGGCCCAUGUUCGCGAACGCGGUGAUGAAGUAUGCUACAGAAAACCCAUUGAAAGAUGACGCUAAAUUGGUGAGAUAUCUGGACGAAAUGGUUAAGGAAUUGGCGAACAAGUUUGCAAAUAGUGAAAAAUUCAUGUCCGAGUUUUUCCGUAUGGGCCAGGUGUAUUUAUUUCUCGGAGGAAGCUACUUUAAGGAGGAUCCUAGCUGUAAGAUGGUGCGAGAUGACAUUAAGCGUCACCUUAUCACCGAUCAUUUUGCUCAUUUCUACGAGUUUGAGCUCUUUCAGCUGUGGUUUCCGUGGCAUUUCUCCCCAACCGAUCAAGAGCUUAGCACAGCGCCCGUGUGGGAAUGCAACAUCGCAUUACCGAAGCCGGACCAGGACGCUCUCUUACAUCUCUGCUUAACAAGCAGCAAGGAUUUCAUCCCGCUCAGAGACGUGAAUAUGGCGCAGAUUCCAUUCUGUAAAGCUUUUGCUAGCGUCGAAAGCAAUACGUAUGUGUAUUCAAUCACGGCUAAUAACGCUUUCUAUUAUCCAAGUAAGAAUAUGCGGUUGGAAAUGGUUGUGGCUGGUGCAGUUAUCAUAGCAAGUCACCGCAACGGAUUGGCCGGGAUUGUUUUCGCUGACUUCUUCUCUUCUUUAUUGUACGAACUGGGAAUGCAAUCGACACUGGAUCAGCGCAUUGAGUUCCCUGAAUCCAUUCAAGAGCUAGUUUCUUCCUUCACGGUGCCGUAUUUGGCGCCCCCAAAUCUAGAAUGGCCUGGGUCCCUAAUGCGGUCGAAGCUGAACUUGGGAAUGCUGGGCGUUGAGAGGGCCAAAGACGGAACGGAUAUCAAAUUAGGUGGUGGAAUUUCGAUUGAGUGCAACUGGCAAGUGCCGACGUUUACACACUAUAAUUUUCGCUGGUUCGUGAAGAAGCUCGACUUCAGCAUAGUUUGGAGUAUACUGGAGCGAGUUCCAAGUGAGAGCAGCAUUCAUCUGGUUAUUACACAACGACUACCAAAAACUGGUAAAUGGAAACAGGAUUCGGACUGGAAGGACCGCGUUUUCACGAUCCUGGAGGGGCUGAAUUAUUCGAGUCUGCAUCACAUACAUAUUUUUCCCGUGUGCAGCUUUCCUAGCAGCUCAAACGAUGAAGAUAAGGGAGAUUCUCCUGCAGUGGUGGCAGUGUCCUAUGCGAGUCAGUGUAAUAAGAUCGACUGCUCCAAGUGCAAGCUGGAUAAAUUGGUUCUGUUUCUGCAAGUCUUGAACGAGGUGCCAAACAUUUGUCGUUGUUGA